ACUUGGGUUGGGAGAGCAAUCGGUUGGUCUUGGCGAUAGUCUAGUUUGUGAUCUAGUUUAGUGGUUCGAUUGUUCGGUUGAGCACUGGAGGACUGUUUGAUUUGUGGAAGAUGUUUUUGAUAUUUCACAUCAUCAUAAGUCUAGUCCUAUUGCAGUCGAUCGGCUCAUCCUGCGGAGCUGAGUUCAUGACAGCUGGAAUUGCCGGCGGAGGUCCGCGAAUUUCGAUCAACACCCUUCAGAAGGACCAAAGUUUUGCCUCGUUUCCCAGCACCGAGUCUACCGUACUUAGGAUAGUUCCCACCGAAAUUGUAGUCAUCAAUAACAACACUAGUGAUAGUAGCAUUAGCAGUAGUAGCACAUCUAACCAAAGAACCACAAGUCCCCAAACCAUUAACCAAGUCAACGCCAGAGAAGCAUUCGGAGUGACGUGGAGUACGUUGAAAUACGUAAACAAAGCAGGAUAUGGUAAGAAAAGAAUCGACAAGAAAUCCUCUCAAGUUACCCAAGCGGUAGAUUUGGGCGACUGGCAUUGCCCAAAUAUAACACAAAACACAAACUUGGAAUGUGGAUGUGAUAUGCCUCACACAUUACGAUGCCGAGGAGACCUGCACGGGUUGGAGCUGAUUUCCGAUGGUUUGAAAACUUCCCCUUAUUCAGUUUCACUAUUGGACUGCACACUGAAGAACGUCACGGUAAUAAGCGACGCAAACAUUUUUGAAGGCGUCUCAUUACAAGGUCUAGUAAUAUCUUCCGGUGAGAUCAAACGAGUGAACCGACUGGCCUUUGCUGGGAUUAAGACUCCAUUACAAGCAUUAGGGUUACCAAACAACGCCUUGACUGUUGUCCCGAUGCAGUCACUUGCGUCUUUGCCUCAACUGGAUCGCCUAGACCUUUCGAACAAUAAGAUCAAAUCUAUACAAAGUACAGAUUUCAUUUCAAUUCCGAAGCUAUCGUACUUGGAAAUGAGUGAAAAUCAAAUUUCAUCGCUCGCUCCGAAAAGCUUCAUGCCGGUUCGAAACUUGAUCCACCUCAAGCUAAACGGCAACCGACUUGGAGAAUCACCAGAAACUAUGAAAGCUUUGGAGUCGUGCUUUAACCUCAGAGAGCUCGAUCUCCGAUCCAACACCAUUCGUGGCCCACUGAAAAACACCACCCUCCCGAUCAUCAAGGGCCUCGAAAUUCUAAACCUGGACAAAAACUCAAUCACCAGCAUCCAAAACGGCGCUCUGGAAGGACUGGCCUACCUCCAAAUGCUUUCCAUUCGCCACAACCAGAUUGACGUCCUUCAAGACCACGCCUUCUCCGGGUUGGCAUCGCUCCAGGUCUUGGAUUUAGGCCACAACGGCAUUGUUGCCAUAUCCGGAUCGUCGUUGAAACACCUUCCUCGGCUAAUCGUCCUCGAUCUCACGCACAACUUCCUCCGAGCGCUGACCUCGGACAUCGUAGCACCUUUACCAUCGCUCAAAGAACUCCGUCUCGAUGGAAACGAUAUCUCCAUCAUCGCCCAAAACGCCCUCUACAACGCCUCCUAACUACACAGCCUAUCCCAUGAGAACAACCCUCUGGCGUGCGACUGCUCAAUGAAGCCCUUCGUCGAGUGGCUUUCGACGUCGAGGAUUGCUUCGCAGGACGUGUUGGGUGCGGUUUGUGCCACGCCACCACAUCUGGAAGGAGCUUCGCUGCUUCAAAUUGAAACCGAUUCGAUGAACUGCAACGGCAAUGGUGGUGAUAGGGAGAAGGCUGACGAGAGCACGUUCAAGACAAUCGAGGUAAUGCUGAAGCUGAAGAAUAAUAUGUCCUACAUCAGAGAGAUCAGUUCGGAUGUGCAGCUUCGGGGCGUUAAUUUUACCGAUGAGAGCGACGUUUUUCUGCACUGGAGUAUGCACACGGACGAAUAUUCAUGCCGGUUUGUGUACGUGUUUCAUGAUGACGAUCCGGAGAAUAUUUUGUUCAACUCAGAGGUAUCCUGCAAUCAAUUACCAGAAGCGGCCAACGCUACGGAUUAUGUAUUUUUGACAAAACUGAUAGGAGCAUAUGAUCUCCAGAGCGAUCUAAGUUAUAAAUUUUGUCUCAUCAUGAAGGAAGACAUAUCUAAAGACGAAUACCUAGGAUCAUGCCAGGUGGCUGUACUUCCGACUCCCUACGUAAAUCGAUCGAAAACAAAAUCCAUUAAAAAGGAACUUAUCCCUGGUGCGGCCCCCAACACUAGGGAAAGUGAUAUCUCCGAUAUCAGCCGUAUCGUGGACAACGAGCAACGCAACGACGAACAGGAUGAUGACAAUAUGGACGUUGGAGGUGGUGCCGGUGAAUCCGACUCCUACUACGACGAGCUGCUGAUGACGCGCAUGGCAGACGAUCCCGAUCUGAUGAUCAACCGGAUGCGGCUAGAGGAGGAUGCCGCGGCAAGGCUGCCAUCGGUUGGAGUCAGUCGGAUAGUGCUUGAAGGGUUGGGAGCAUUCAUCAUGGUGACCACCGUGAUGGCAUUCAUAUGGGGUUUCAUACGGCUCAAAAGUGGACGGAGUAAUAUGCCAUCGAUGAGCACGUGUUACACGGUGGAUGAUCGAAGAGGUCCACUGCACGAGGUUGAGAGCAGAAAUAGGUAUUUUAAACUGCAAGCAACGACAAGUUUAUGAUAAUGAGAGAAUGAAUGUAAAUGAUAAAAGACGUUUAGUUUAAAAAACGAUUAAUUGGUCUCAAGAGAUUGAACUAUUUAUAUUCAAAAACAUUGUAAAAAAAAACGUUUGUAAAUACAACAAUUCUUGGUUACGAGAUGAUAUAUUUAUGCAGUAAAAGAAAGAAAAAGUUAGUUCAAAAAAUUAAAUAAGGAAGUAUGAUCUGUGAAAGUAUACCUACUAACUUUUACUACCAUAGAGAUAUCGCAUGAUUUCAAAGAACAUUUAACGUGCCAUUACUGAAAAGGUUUCAUUUUUUUGUGAAUAAAUCAUAAACCAUGAAUAUCAUA